AUGGAUCGCAGUCUCGGACCGUAUCGCUUCGGCUACCCCGACGAUGGCCUUGCCAAGUACACAUUAGGUGAUGCAUUGGAGCAGUAUCUCUCGUGCGAUGAGUAUUUCUGGUGGCAGAAUUUGCGCGUCGGAAAGAAGGUUUUCAAAUUCCAAGCCUUUCUGCAUACCCGCGAGGAAGAACAGAUGAAGAUCUGGAAAUCCUUUCGGCAAAUGAGAACAGUAAACAGACCAAUGGAAGAUGCCAUUGACAUUCAAAGGCCACGCCUGGGGCAGUUUCUGUUGACUUGGAUGAAAGAGUCAGAACUUCGCCAGGCGAAGAAUAUCCUAGAGGAUCAAUGCGAUGGAAGAUAUGGAAAUGCGAUCAGAGCUAUAGAAACCGAGCUCGUCAACAAGAAGGGGGAAGAUGAUGUUAAACAUGGUUCCUCAUGGUUAGUAAAAUCACUUCUACUUCUGAUUACCCUUUCGCUUCUUUCUUCCUCCUUUCAACUAACGGCGUAUGAACCAAGUUUCCCAACGGGCUGUUUCUGCUGUGCGGAUUGUUGUUAA